CCAUCUUGGGGGAGGCGGCAGGCUGGGCGUCCGGCUCCAGGAGGGGACACGUCAGUGUCGCUGGUGACGUCACGAGUCCCGACCUGGCCCGCCGGCGUGCGAUUGGCCGCAGCGGCAGUUUCGCGUCGCGCUUCCUCGUCUGCCGCGCGUGUUCCGGGCAGCGCGCUCUCUUUUCCGCUGGGCAGAGAAGAGGCGAUGGCGACCGCGGCAUCUCUCGGCGUCCUGGCGCUGCUCCUGCUGUGCGGCCUGUCUUGCUGCUCAGCAGAGGCCUGCAUGGAGCCCCAGAUCACCCCCUCCUACUACACUACUUCAGACGCCGUCAUUUCUACUGAAACCGUCUUCAUCGUGGAGAUCUCGCUGAUGUGCAAGAACAGGGUUCAGAACAUGGCUCUUUAUGCCGACGUCAGUGGAAAGCAGUUCCCUGUCACUCGGGGCCAGGAUGUGGGCCGAUACCAGGUGUCCUGGAGCCUGGACCACAAGAACGCGCACGCAGGCACCUAUGAGGUCAGAUUCUUCGAUGAGGAGUCCUACAGCCUCCUGAGGAAGGCACAGAGAAACAAUGAGGACAUCUCCAUCAUCCCGCCACUCUUCACAGUCAGUGUGGACCAUCGGGGCACCUGGAAUGGGCCCUGGGUCUCUACGGAGGUGCUGGCUGCAGUAAUUGGCCUCAUCAUCUACUACCUGGCCUUCAGCGCCAAGAGCCACAUCCAGGCCUGACGGGGGCCCAGGCCUCCCUUGCUUCUUUCAAUAAACAGUGUCUGUCCAUCAUGA